CCCAAAGGUCAUUCGUAGGUUAUACUCUAGCCGAAGUUUUAGCUGAUGUUACGUUAAUGUACAGUUUUUAUAAGUUAAAUUCACUCGAUCAGAUGUUAUGAAUUAAACUGGUCCAUCCACAUGCAUACUAGUUCACUUAUAAAGUAUUUUUCAGAUCGCCGCUUGUUCAUAUAUGAACAAACAGUGACUACGUGUAAUCAUAUAGAUUCAUCAGUAUCACGUAUUAUUGUUUAAGAACGGUGAAAGUCUUGACAACAUGAAAUGACCUAAGUUAUCUAGGGAACCGUAAAAGGGGAAAUGGACACGAACUUAAAGCAGAAAUAAAGUUGACCAUAGAGUAAAUAAAGAAGAAAAGUCGAUUUCCCCCCUGACGUCUAUUAUUUGGGAGGAAUUUCGACAGUAAUGUUUGGAGAACUAUGUUAUAUAGGUGUUGAUACACCUAAGUCCAUAUGUUACAUUGAACUGUUCGGAAGAGUAUCAAAUUCUCCGCGUUAGUAAGAACUUUUUUACUCAAACGAAAAAAUAAACUUAUAGUAAUGACGAAUAUCAUCCACAAAAUGCUCAGUGUUUUUCCUACCGUCAUGGUGUCUUAUGUACUUUAACAUGGUUACUUAGGCAGCCAUUUAUAAAACGGUUUUAUAACUUCCACAAAUUGUAGUAAAUUCCUUCAAAAAAAACAGGGUUCAUGCUAAAGUGGACAGGAAGUUAAGCAGUUUCCCAAACUUGACAACUGGUAGUUCACUGUAGAUCGAUUAGACCUAAACUUACCAAUUAAAAUUCUACCUUCUUUAGUAUACUGAUGCAUACCUUGGGAGCAGCACUUGUUACAAUUCUAUUAUUCAGAGAUGUUGGAAACUAACAUAAUACUAUAUUACUAAAUAACGUUACUUGUAAACUGUUUGGUAAGGGUGAGAAGGGAAAAUCUGGUGGUUAAUUAUUUUAAGAUUCACUUUCCAAUAUCUAUAUCUUUGGGAUGACCAUUAAAAUGAGCCCUUCUCCACUAUAAACAAACAAUAUUCACUACGCCCCAAACUUUUUAUUGUAAUUUAGUUGCUGCGGCAAAUAAUGACUUUACUGUAGUUUGAAAAAGACUAUCUCGGCAUACACAUAUGGUUUCAAUUCUACUUGAACAAUUUAUGAAUUUUUGAGGAAUUAAACAUUUUGUUUGUAGAAAGUAUCGUUAUUUUAAUCACAAUUUGCAGGUGAAAAUGGCGAACUUCUUUUUUCGCUUUUAGGAAUACGACUACAAGUGUAUUACCGUAUAUUCAAAACAAUACUAAGAUCAAUAUAAUAUGGGAAAAGACAACAGUAUGAAACCAAAUCAAUGGGAAUAAACAUGGCAUGUAGUAGUAAAUGCCGUAAAAAUAAUUUAGGCUUUAUUGAGGAGACGAUGCAACUUGUAGUAAUUAAACUGAAUAGUCCAUUUCUAUUUCAUCGGAAGUCGAAUGACUUAAAAACUAUUUUACAAUUGCUUACAUUUUAAGUAGCAACUAUUCGUAUUUGUUAGCGUUUGUUGUUUUUACAUGAGUUUGUCAUUUCACUGGGAAGGAAACUCUUGCUGAUCAUUUGUUUUGCUUUUUGAAAUCAGUUCAUUAUGUUUUCGUCAGUAGUUUGAUUACGUGAACAGUUUUUAGUCAAACCCACCAUCUAUCAGUAUUAUACUCAUCCUAACAACCAAAACGGUUCAAUCACAGAACCUAAAAUACUUUAUUAUAAUAGCUACAGGCGUCGUAUCCUAAACCAACUGGGAAACUCUAAUAUAUAUUAUCUAGAUAGAGUCUUAGUUUUAUUUGCAUUUAUCAUCACCCUAUCAUUCACCCCUUUUUCAGAUCAACUGAUGGGCGAUUCACUGUAUUAAAUGGAGGAGCAUUUGCUAGUCCGUAAAAAUACACACAUUUACGGAUGGUAAAUCAUGCGCGAAGAAUUAUUGCAGAAAUUACAUUCUCUUCAGGAACGCAAACGUCUUAUGUGUUCUCGUUCGACGAAGAUCCGAGAAGUUGAAUUAAAAAGGAAAAUAAUUAACGAUGUUCUAGAAAUUGUGCCAAAAACAUCAGCGACUGCUACAUGCCUCCGGGCAAUUGAAUUCGAGGUAAAUAAGCAGGAUAUAACUCUGCGACCUUGGAAACAAAGAAAAUUGAAGUCAAUGGAUUCGACAAAUAAGACGUUGUUGUCUACAGCUUCUUCCGACAAAAAUAUUCAUUUGACUUUGAGCAAGCAAGAUGAAUACAAAGAGGAAUUAAAAAAUCGGCGACCUGUUUGGCUUUUUCAGGCUAAAGAACGAUGGGAAGCGAAAUCGAAUAUGUAGCAAUGUAGCUACCGCAUCCAACAACAUUGGAGAUUAUACGAGGAUUUUAAAAGCCAACAGUGCUGUUAUAGUUUAAUAAAUUUCUAAGGAAUAAACCAAUAUUUUACGCAUAUUUCACAAUAAUCACCUAUUUACAUAGUACCCAACAUUAGAUGCAUUUUACUUAAAACACCACUUUUGUGUGCCAUGGUUUCACCUGUCACGUUUCAAAAACCGGACCGUAAAUUUACUUAACUACUGAGUUAUGUUAUUCACUUCUACAAAUUUCAGUUUGUUAUGUACAUGAUAUUCGUUCCCUCUAAC